AACACAGUCUAUACAAUGGGUAACGUCAAGCAUUAAAUGUCAUCAGCUAGUAGAAGUAAACAUACGAAGAUAAAUUACAAUUUAUAUUUCCUUAAUCUAAUAGUUUUGAUGGUACUACUUUACUGAAAUAUAUAAAAUCUAUUUAAUAUAACAUGAUAAUGUAGACUUUAUUAAACAUCUGAAUCUCUAAACGUAAGUUGUCAUAUGUAAUUAAUUGACAGUUCAAAUAGUAGCAAAUACUAAAUUUAUAGUAAUGUUCAAAAUCAGGAUUCUUUGGAAUAAAAAACUCCAGAAAGUGUGCAGAAAAAAAAAUUAAGUUCUUGUUGUCAAUGUGCACUAAAGUUCGUUGAAGUUCAAAAUUUAAACAAAAUUGUUGUUGAAUACAUUUUAAUUUAUCACUUUCUUUGAGGAACGUCCAUAAGUCUCAUUAUUAAAUUUAACGAUUCAUGUUAAAAAUUAAUGAUAAUUAAAAUUUUGCAUUGUGGCACUGACAUAAAUUAUUUUCCGAUAAGAGAUAAGGUUCAAAACUACUGACGAACGAAGUAUCGAUAAAAGAUGUCUCAAUUCCUUAACAAGUUAUGAUGUGCACUUGUAAAAAUUUUAAAUUGGCAUGUGGUAUUUUAAUGGUGAUAAUAAAGUCUUAUCAAAAAGAUUACCACAAAUUAAAAUACACUAGCAAUGGAUGAUCAAGAUCAGAAUAUAAAUCGAGUUCCUCUCGUUUCUUUACCGGAUUCAUAUCCAGCAUGGAUAGAUGGUAUACCAAAAAUACCUGAUACUGCUGAGACUAAUUCAUCAGUUGACCUAAACCAUUUAGAGAGACUGAAAAUAGAUGUCAUACGAAACAAUGUUAUCAAGCAAGAUCUGACAUACGGUGAUUUUAAGCGACUUGGAUCUAGCAAACUAGGAUUUGUCACUGAUGAUAUACGAAGGAUAUUAUGGCCAAAGAUAUUAAGAUUAACAGAUAAUGAAUCAAACAAAGUAGGUGAAGAGCUAGACAGUAUUCACACCCUUAUACCAGAUGAAAUAUAUCAACAAAUAUUAAAAGACGUAGCCCGUAGUGGCAGUCACUUACCACAUAAUGCAACUAAGUCUGAAAUAGAUACCUUUCAUAAUGAACUUACAAAGAUUAUUUGCUGGGUACUUCAUAAGCACCCGAAUAUGAACUAUUAUCAAGGUUACAAUGAUGUAGCAGCGACGGUACUAAUCGUUAUGGGCUUAAAACCAGGCUUGCAUGUUCUUGAAAAAAUAUCAAUUGAGUUUUUAGAAAGAUUUAUGGAACAAACUAUGGAAAAAGUUAAUCAAGAAUUAUUUUAUAUAUUUGCUCUCUUAGAAAGAGUGCAUCCAUCUUUAUUGGAACACCUUGAAAACGUAGAAUUAUUUCCACAUUUUGCUUUGGCAGAGUACACAACGUGGUACGCUCAUAAAUAUUCUGAAAAUCGAAGUUUACUGCAUCGGUUGUUCGAUUUCUUUCUUAGUUCUCCAUUAUUAAUGCCUCUGUAUCUUAGUACUAUAAUUGUUGCCCAUAGAGCUAAUGAAAUAUUUAAUACUACACCAGAUAUGGGACAUACGCAUAAAGUGUUAUGUACACUACCAAGUGAUUUGCCUUUUGAAAAUUUGUUAAUAAAUGCCGAAACUUUGUAUCGUGAUUAUCCACCAGUAUCAAUAAUAAAAAAUGUACAUGAUUAUGAUAAAAAACGACGGCGUAAAGAACAAGAAUGGAAACUAAAAGCGGAAGAUAGUAAAAGAAAGUCAGAAAAGCAACGUCAACUUAAAGUGUCAUUACCACAAUCAAGAUUGCCAUAUCAUUUCAAAGGUUAUCGAACUAUUACUGUCGUUACGAUUUUGGCAAUUGGGCUUUAUGCAUUCUUGAAAACAGGUUCUGGAAUUAACUGACAUUAGCUAAUUAUUGCCUUAGUUAUAAAUUAUAAUUUUAUACUUCAAUUUUUAAAUAACCAAAUACUUAUGAAUUAUGUACCCUUCUCCAAAGAUAAUUCCUUAUAGACUAGUCAUGUGACUCCUAGGCUACCUAAACUUCGAUGCUAUGUAGAAUUAAAUUUUUUUUUAAUUUCUAAAAAUCGAAAGAAAUGAAAACAUCAACACUGUGAUGAAAUCAGCGGAUUGGAAAUUUUUUAUUAACAAAAAACUAAAAAAAAAAAUCAAAUCCACUUAUAUUCAAUUAAUUUUUAAACCUAUUAAAUGUAUUAAAAUGCAACAUAUAAAAAAAACAUCACAGAUAAUAUAGAAAAAAAAACAUUUACCCUAGAUGUCUUUAUUUAUUUUAUAAAAUAGUAUAUUUUACACCUAGGGCAGUAAAGUAAGAAAUCUCUUAGAUCUCAUGUAAUUGUUAGGCGAAGCCUAGGUCAACAAGCAUGUGAUCUGAGGCUUUCUUAUUUACUGCCCAAGGUGUCAAUACUAUUUUUCUUCUCAAGGAGGCGGAAAGCGGCAACUUCGUUUCGCACAACAGGACAAAAGUUGACGCUUUUCGCCCGGAGGGGAAAAAUGUUAUUUUUAGAAAAUUAAAUGAAGACAUUUAGGGUAAGUUUUUAUUUUCUAUAUUAUCUGUGAGAUUUGUUUUACAAUACCAGCAAUUUAUAUGUUGCAUUUUAAUGCAGUUAAUAAGUUUGAAAAUUAAUUGAAGAUGAGCGAAAUUGUUUUUUUUUUAGUUUUUUGUUAAUAAAAAAAUUUCCAAUUCACUGAUUUCAUCACAUUUUCGAUUUUUUCAUUUCUUUCGAUUUUUAGAAAUUUAAAAAAAAAUUUAAUUCUACAUAGCAUCGAAUUUUAGGUAGCCUAGGAGUAAAACUGGUCUAUUAUUCAUGCAAUGGAAACGGAAUGAGAUGAUUGCUCUGGAAAAGGAACAUUUAGUGUAGUCCAGCAUUUUGUCUAGGAAAACUUGAUCAUUCCUGCCCUGCUUUUACGUUAUAUAUCAUGUCAUAAUAUGUAAUUAAAUUCUCUGUACAAUUUUUGCAUGUAUUGAAAGUAUAAAUUUGAUAAAAAUGAUCAUAAAAUUGUUAAUUAUAAGAAAUAUAAAAGUGUACAAUUGAAUUAUAAGUCACAAGAAUAAAAAUUAACUAAUU